UGCGCAAACAUUGAAGAGAGUGACUGUCAGGCAGUUUUGAGGGGAGAAAAAAACGAAUCGAUGGACCUCAACCUUGGACCCAGUCAAAAUGUAGGCUACCCACAAUUAAUGCCUAACCAACAAUGAGGAGGUGGACACGAAGAGAGGUGAGUUGGGUAGAAAAUACAUUUUUACAAAUGUGCUGUUUGUGGUGCAUCAUGGUGGGUCGCGCGCGGUGUCAGUAAACCCAGUCCCUCACUCUGUUUCAGAGAGCUCAACCGUCGGAUUAAAACUGGUCGUUAACUGGUCGUUAUUAACAUGGUCAUCGAGAAUAGUGCUGUUCUGGGAUGUAUAUGAUCGUUUUAAUAAAAUUAAGUUUAUAGAAAUUGUAGGCUACCUACCAAUCUUGGAUGUGAUGACCUCAAUAACACCUCCGAUGGUAAAUUACAAUUUAACAUCAAUACACAUAGGCUAUCUUUUAGUCUAUUAAUUAUUGUAAAAACUGCAAACAUGGUCGAGUCUGUGUAACUAAUUUGUAACCAAUGUGGAUAGUUGUUGCGCUGCGCUGCACAUAGUGGUGACCCAGUUGGCCAGAUGUAAAUCCGUGCAGCUCUUGUUCUUAUUUGUGUCACUGAAUUAGGCUAUAAGGGCACAGUAGGGGUGCAUUGAAGAUGGAACGAAAAGUUUCAACAACACCUUGGGUUGGGAGAAAACAUAUUGAAAUUAACUGCAUUCAUAAUAUAAAAAAGAUAGGUACAUUUGCCCUGGUCACAGCUAGGGCACCAGUGGAUUUAGGGGGUCGACCUCUGUCAGGGCUGCUCUAUUAGCUGAGCUAUAUCUCUUUCAAUUUUGAGGGAAGAAAUCCCUUUAUUUUAUUCCAGAAUGUAUAGCCUAAAUCAGUGGUUCCCAACCUUUUUCAGUUACUGUACCACCAACUGAAUUUUGCUCUGUCGGGAGUACCCCUGCCUGAAGUACACCCUAUGUGCAUUUUACCAGUAGGCCUAUGGUCCCAUGAGUCUUCACAAGUAUCCCAUAGGGAUAGGCCAAGUACCCCCAGGGGUCCUUGUACCCCUGGUUGGGAACCACUGGCCUAAAUGAGCAUGCUGCACAUGCUUGGAAUAGCAAUGGAUAGGCUAUUGUCAUUCACCCUCUCAAUUGUAUGCAUUCCCUAGUAGAAUAGUGCCUUUUUGUCUACAGUCAAGUAUUGUUUUUCCCUCAUGUCAAUCCCUGCUGAGUGCCUCUUUUCCAACAGUCACAGGAAGACAGGUGGCCUGUCAUGUUGUCAUAUUUCUGUCAUGUCAAAGGCUUCCUUUGGCUGUUUGAAAUUAUAUCUGCCUUAUUCACUGUCACGCAAAAGCUAUGCUCUCCGCUGCGCUCUCAUGCAGGAUUAAACUAGUCAUCUUGUCCCACAUUUUAUAUAAUCUUAUGAAUCCUGGCUUUGGCCAACAAAUAUUUUUUACAUUUGUAGACUAUAUUUCAGUUGUAGCCAGAGACAGCUAUAUUCUACCAAUGAUUUUUGCUGCCUAUUGAACUGUUAAACAGAAUUGAAAUCUUUCUCUAGUUUUGGUGGAUGCAAAUGAGCUUGUGAUGGCAUGGUGAAGGGAAUGACUGUAACAGCUGGGAUAGACAGCAUUCAGAAUAAUGCUGAGAUGUGAUGAAGUCUGAUUGUGAUUAUAGAACUCCUGUAUGAUUCCUUUUUUGAAUUCCCUGUAAUUUAGAUAACCAGCUUGGUCAAAGACAGAGCCUGAAGAGGACUCCAUGGACACCUGUUCUGGCACAUUACACAUCACACUGGAGAUGGACUGAACCCAAAUAUUCUCAGCCAACACUUUCUCUGCACUAUAGACAUCACCUCAUCUGACAUGAUCAAAGCUCUAAAUACAGACGCUGCGACGGCCAGUGGAUGGAUUAAUGCCAGCGAGACUGAGUUCCCUGUGUGGACCGGUUGUAGUCCAUGCUAACCAUGGGCAGUGAGCCGCCACAAGCCGUUGCCCGGCUGUUUGCCUGGGUAAACGGCAUGUCCAAGUGUGAGCUGAUUGAGCUGAAAGACCUCAGCCUGAAUGAUCGCAUUGAGCUGGCACCAGACCCACCAGCCUCUCUGCCCCCAGCAGCGCCCCUGACACCCAGGCAGGUGAGGGCUCCGGAGAGGCCCAGCCAGGUGGUCCGGCUGGUGGGGGACAGUGUGAGUGUUGAGGGGCCCUCGUGGUUCACAGGGCAGGUUGGAAAGGGACAUGACUUCCAGCCCUGCAGCUACACCCAGAUCACCUGGUGCGACCUGUGUGGUGAAUUCAUCUGGGGCCUUUACAAACAGAGCCUGAGCUGUGCUAGUGAGUACCAACCGUGUGUGUGUGUGUGUGUGUUUGUAUGUGUACGUGUGUAUGAUCACUGUAUGUGUUUUCAGGGUUUGGGAGUAACUGAUUACAUGCAAAAAUAUUGUAAUCAGAUUCCAGAUAUUUUUGAAAAACUAGAUGAUAGCGUAGGGGACCACAUGAGCAUGGGAAAAAGUUUAUUCCAAAAGAGUCGUUGGACUGCAUGCAUUUCUGUGUUGUGUAUUUUGUCAAUCAAUAAGGAAUCUGCAGCAUCAGUCAAAUGUAUAUGAGUUAAAUAUGUGUACUGUCGUGGACAAAAGUUUUGAGAAUGACACAAGUAUUGGUCUUCACAAAGUUCGCUGCUUCAGUGUUAUGAUAUAUUUUUGUCAGAUGUUACUAUUGUAUACUGAAGUAUAAUUACAAGCAUUCCAUAAGUGUCAAAGGCUUUUAUUGACAAUUACAUUAAGCUUAUGCAAAGAGUCAAUAUUUGAAGUGUUGACCCUUCUUUUUCAAGACCUCUGCAAUCCACCCUGGCAUGCUGUCAAUUAACUUCUGGGCCACAUCCUGACUGAUGGCAGCCCAUUCUUGCAUAAUCAAUGCUUGGAGUUUGUCAGAAUUUUUGGGUUUUUGUUUGUCCACCUGCCUCUUGAGGAUCGACCACAAGUUCUCAAUGGGAUUAAGGUCUGGGGAGUUUCCUGGCCAUGGACCCAACAUUUCAAUGUUUUAUUCCCCGAGCCACUUAGUUAUCACUUUUGCCUUAUGGCAAGGUGCUCCAUCAUGCUGGAAAAGGCCAUCCUCCAAAAGUCUUCGCCUCACUGUGCGUGCAGAUGCACUCACACCUGCCUGCUGCCAUUCCUGAGCAAGCUCUGCACUGGUGGUGCCCCGAUCCCGCAGCUGAAUUAACUUUAGGAGACGGUCCUGGCACUUGCUGGACUUUCAACAAUAGAACCUCUCUCCUUGAAGUUCUUGAUGAUCCGAUAAAUGGUUGAUUUAGGUGCAAUCUUACUAGCAGCAAUGUCCUUGCCUGUGAAGCCCUUUUUGUGCAAAGCAAUCAUGACGGCACGUGUUUCCUUGCAGGUAACCAUGAUUAACAGAUGAAGAACAAUGAUUUCAAGCACCACCCUCCUUUUAAAGCUUCCAGUCUGUCAUUCUAACUCAAUCAGCAUGACAGAGUGAUCUCCAGCCUUGUCCUCGUCAACACUCUCACCUGUAAUAACGAGAGAAUCACUGACAUGAUGGCAGCUGGUCCUUUUGUGGCAGGGCUGAAAUGCUGUGGAAAUGUUUUUGGGGGGAUUAAGUUCAUUUUCAUGGCAAAGAGGGACUUUGCAAUUAAUUGCAAUUCAUCUGAUCACUCUUCAUGACAUUCUGGAGUAUAUGCAAAUUGCCAUCAUCAAAACUGAGGCAGCAGACUUUGUGAAAAUUAGUAUUUGUGUCAUUCUCAAAACUUUUGACCACGACUGUAGGUACUAUGGGGCUGAGCCACUCAUUCAUUAGUCUCGAUUGCCAGUGCUACUAAUGGGCUCCAGGCUGUAGUUUCCCUUCGGUAGAGAUCUAGAAUCAGCUUUCGUUCCCCGAAUUCCCCGAAAUGUCAUAGACUACAGAUUGCAAGAACAUAUCACUUUGGGGUCAUAUGUUAACAGAAUGUGUUAUUUACCCUAUUAAACACAAAAAAUAUGUUUCAAGUGAGAAUCAGGCAGGUCUGAUGCCAAAAAAUAAAGGAAAUGAUUGCCUACUUAACCCAUAUUUUAUUUGUAGUUCCAGUAGGUAGCUACACCGCUACAUGGCAAAAAAGUAAUUAACUACUGAAAACGCUACCUAGAUUUAAUUUUAGUUCAACUACUACCAAGCUACUGCAAAAUGUAGUUAAAUUCACUACUCCCCAACACUGACCCUACAACACCGAAGAGACUCCUCAUUCAUAGUUGAUGUGGUGGACAGAAUCAACAACAAGGGGCAGUGAAGACCUACAUUUGCUGUGCUGCUGCUGACCCCAAUACCACAUGAUAAUGAGAAAGCUGGGAGGGUGAAAUCAGUUAACAUAACACCUUAGUUUCCAUGCACAAGAUGAAUGAUGAUUGGCAGAAUAAACACAUUUGAGGCAAAUGGUUUAUUCAAAAUGUGUGAAUGGUAAAUGUGACCCAUCCCCCCCCCCCCUCUCUCUCUCUCUCCCUCUCUCCCUGUCUGUCUUCUCUCUCUCUUAAUUCAAUUUCAAUUUCAAUUUAAGGGCUUUAUUGGCAUGGGAAACAUAUGUUAACAUUGCCAAAGCAAGUGAAGUAGAUAGUAAACAAAAGUGAAAUAAACAUUAACAGCACACAUUACACUCAGAAGUUCCAUAUAUACAGUGUUGUAACAAUGUUUAAAUAAUUAAAUAACAAAUGGGAAAAUAAAUGGGAAAAUAAAUAAACAUAAAUAUGGGUUAUAUUUACAAUUGUGUUUGUUCUUCACUGGUUGCCCUUUUCUCUCUCUCUCUCUCUCUCUCUCUCUCUCUCUCUCUCUCUCUCUCUCUCUCUCUCUCUCUCUCUCUCUCUCUCUCUCUCUCUCUCUCUCUCUCUCUCUCUCUCUCUCUCUUCCCAAAGACUGCAGUUACACCUGUCACUUCCAAUGUCGACCGUUUAUCCAGUUGGAUUGCAGCACAGAUAGUAGACUCCUCACUACCGACCAAACAGAUGUUUCUGAAGACACUGUAGAGACAGACACUAACGUGGAUGUGGUAAGUAAGAUAUACGUUUCGUUAGGUGUUGCAGUGUGUCUCUAUUGUUUUUCAGUUUCCUUUCCAUUGUAAAUGUUAUUUUAACAAAGGAGAGGGAAUUCAUGAAGAACAUAAUAUAUAGCCUGCAGUUAGUAGAAGGGGUAGAAGGGCGUACAACAUGUUGUGUUUGUGUAUUGCAGAGAUAAACCAAGGUCCAAGGUCUGUACUAAUCCAACAGAACACGUUCUUGUGUAUUUGUCUGUCUGUGUGUGUGUGUGUGUGUGUGUGUGUGUGUGUGUGUGUGUGUGUGUGUGUGUGUGUGUGUGUGUGUGUGUGUGUGUGUGUGUGUGUCUGUCUGUGCGUGUGUGUGCAUUUGGGGUCCCAUCUUUGGGGGACUGGGGGGUGGGGUAAUUGGGAUGGGGACUCAUAGAUCGUCUAGGCCUACUGCUUUUAGAGCCUAUAGUCUCAGAGUGCCAUAUGCUCACAGAGAUAGAGAUUUUAUUACCUACCUCCUGAGACUGCCUGCCAGGACCGCCAGAGCCUCCUCAAGCAAUUUAGGAGAGGGGUGGAGAGGAGGAUGUUGCUUAGCAACGUCACAAUAAAACAGCUGUUCAACUUUUGAACCACAGAAAAUCUAUCCUUACAUGCAUAAAGCAUCAAAUAAUAAAGUCAACACAUUUUAAUAUAUUAUUCAACAGGUCUGUUCUGCUACAUCCUUUUCUAGGCCUAUGUAUAGGCUAGUCUCCUCUUGACAGCACAGGAGCCAGAACAGUCCUAUGUGUUAGUUGUAGUUUGACUAUUGUUGUUUUUUGUGGUGAGGUCUGGACAAUGGCCAUAUGAGCAAUUGCUGUCACAGCUGGACUUUCCACUUGCUAAAUGUUUCACUGGAAACAAGGAGGGGCUUGCGCUUAUGGUAGCAGUAGGGGGAGGGGCUAGACGCUUAUUCAGUCCGUUAAUUUCACGGUCUGGAAGGGGCAAUGGGUGGGACUCAAGAACCACAUAGGACUCCCCAUCAAUUCUAAAUAAUGUGAGGGACUGAUAUAACGGGACGAGUAGAGUAGUAGUAGGAAUGGUAGAAUAUUAGAAUGUGUAGUGAAGAGUUUAUGGUUAAAUGUACCUGUUCAAAGUUUUUCUUGAGUGGAUAAAGUUAAUUAAUUAAUUAGCUAGGCUAUGAUUGUGAGCACUGAUGACAAUUGGUGAGGGAUCCACAAAUACGUUAACAUUGUAAUAUAGAGAUAUGGCGUUAAAAGAGGCAAUGGAAAAGACCCCAUCAUUUGAGAUGACUUGGGGCAGCACGACCAGCAGCGGAUAUUGUAGCCAGGAUGACUCGGACUCGGAGCUGGAGCAAUUUUUUACAGCCCGCACAUCGUUCUUUAUCAAAGUCCAAAGGAAAAUGGUGAGGCGUCCGUGGCAAUAAAAAAAAACUCUGAGAAGUCUGGUCUAUGAAGUUGAUAAGAUAACAUACUGUCCCCCCCCAAAAAAAAUAUUUGCCUUUAUUUUCUAAUGACUAUGUAGCCUAAACGUUUGUGCAAUGUCUUUGUUGAUAGUCUUCAUAGCCUGUUGUCAAAAUAAUGUCGUUUCUUUAGUUCUGAGUGUAGCUCGCCUAAUAUGAUUUUCUACAUGUACAUGUUAGCCUACUUUGUGUAAUACAGUGACUUAAACAGAUGUUAAUGAAUCUUAAGAGAAGGGGGAUAUGGCUUUUGUCCCAUAGGUUUUGUCCUCUCCAAUUAUUUGAAUAAUGGAUGUGUUUAUCAAAUCAAAUUGUAUUUGUCACAUGCGCCAAAUACAACAGGUGUAGACUUUACCGUUAAAUGCUUACUUACGAGCCCUUUCCCAAAAAUGCAGAGUAAAAAAGUUUAAAAUAAUAAUAAUAAUUAGCAAAUAAGAAGAAAAAAAAGGAAACAGUAAUACAAUAAGAUAACAAUAACGAGGCUAUAUACAAGGACUACCGGUACCGAGUCGUGCAGGGGUACGAGGUAGUUGAGGUAAUUUAGGUAAUAUGUACAUGUAACAUAUUCAUAUUAAUUCCGCGCUGAGUAAUAGGCUACCACUUAAAUAAAUUAACUACAAUUGUUUCAAGCUGUACAGUUUUCAGCUUAUUUGCAUAAUGUCAUGUCAUGGCCAAUGGCCUACAACAGUCUCAAAUGUACCCUAUGGCUAUCUACUAGGCUAUUACAUAUGUUGUCAAACUAUUGCCAUUUGAUGCAAGAAAGUAACACAUUCACAUAAACUCUCUGUUACUCUACAGAGUUGUGUCAGGUAAUAUGCAUAUUUGUGCAAAUGGGGUGCUUACAAAGCUCCACACUGUCCCAUUUGUAAAUGGCUGUUUUUCCAGCUGGGAAUUAUUCAGUUUUUGCAUGACACACUUUGGAAAAUUGGUACAAAGAGAUAUUGUGCUGCUGUGUGGAAAUUCUUAAUAUGGUGGUUGGAACUGGCAGAUAUAUAACACCAAAGCCUAUAUUUAACCUUUGUGUGUGUGUGGUGUGUGUGUGUGUGUGUGUGUGUGUGUGUGUGUCCUCACUGACUUCCUGUCCUCUGUCCUUGUUGAAGGCGGGGUUUCCUGAUGUUCUUGCUAGUUGGGCUUGGUAGGGAGGGGGGUUGAGAGAGCAAGGCUGGACACAGCUUCCUGCUUGAUGCAUCUGGCUUUAAACCCAAGGGAGUGAACUCGCUGAUUACUGUACAGAAAGAGAGGUUGUGUUAUGGGAAAACUUUAUGCUAGAGGACAUAGGCUACUCUACUAUUGUAAUACAGUACCAUGCACUAGCUACUGUACGCAGAAGGGACAUAGUCCACGUUGACUUACAACAUGGCUAAACCAUAUUUUGGAGAGACUUAAUCGAAAUAACUUGUUUCAUUAAAAAACUGUUUGGGAGAUGAUAAAGCAGGUGUGUGAUACAGCUUUAGAAAAACAAGUAGUCUCUCUGCUGACAUCUUGUGGUUGGAUAGUCAGUGAGCCUACACACAGACCAUAGACUAUAGGUCCUAGGAGAUCGGUUUUGAAACUCAUCUUCCUCCUCUAUUUAAGAUUGAACCUAUUGACUGGGGGAAACAAGUGCUGUCUGUCGGUGACAUCCAGCAGAAAGUGAAGGAAUAUAAUGCUCAGAUCAACAGCAAUCUCUACAUGGUGCUGGUAAGUGAUUGUAGUUGCAUGCACACACAUACACAAAUGUACACAACAACAGAUGUACAUGUAACAGUGUUGCUUCCGUCCCUCUCCUCGCCCCUACCUGGGCUUGAACCAGGGACCCUCUGCACACAUCGACAACAGUCACACUCGAAGCACCGUUACCCGUCGCUCCACAAAAGCCGCGGCCCUUGCAGAGCAAGGGAAACAACUACUUCAAGGUCUCCAGAGCGAUUGACGUCACCGAUUGAAACGCUACUAGUGCGCACCGCUAACUAGCUAGCCAUUUCACACCGGUUACAUACACACACACACACACACACACACACCUGUGUCGAAUCACCAGUUAACCUCAUUCUGUAAAUGAGUUGCUGACCCAUAAUAUCCUGUUUCCUGUAUACGUAUGUGGUAAUCUGUAAAUUAAUAUUUGAGCUCCUGAGGCACAUUAUGAUCACAUUGUAUUGACAUGUUCAUUGACAAUCCAUCUAAGGACACUGUGUUCCUGUAUCCCUCUUUCAGAACCGAGACGGAUCAUACACUGGCUUCAUCAGGGUCCUUUUUAAGCUGACUCGGCCCGUGUCACUCCCACCCCCUCAGAAGGCGUCUUCACCACAGGAAGAGGAACAACAGGAGGGAGGGCUGAAGCGCCGGACAUCUUUCUACCUCCCCAAAGACACGGCCAAACACGUGCACAUAAGCUCCCGGACGCGGGCACGAGAGGUCAUAGAGGCCCUGCUCAACAAGUUCACUGUGGUGGACAACCCUGCAAAGUUUGCCCUGUUUGAGCGCAGUGAACGUGAAAACCAGAGUGAGUGUCCAUAAGCAAUGUAACCUAAAUGCAAUAUCAUGAACGUGCUCAAAUCAUUCUACUCAAUAUGAUACCAAACACAAUGUAAUAAAGUGUCAGUGUCACUCUUUCACCCCCACCUCUCUCUCUCCCCUCCCACCUCUCUCUCUCCCCUCCCAUCUCUCUCUCUCUCUCUCCUUUGUCUCUUUCUUUCUUUUACUUUUCUAGUAUACCUCCGUAAGCUGUCUGAUGACGAGCGUCCGCUCCACCUGCGUCUGUGUGCCGGACCCAAUGAGAAAGUCCUCAGUCUGGUGUUGAAAGAGAAUGAGACGGGGGAGGUCAAUGUGAGUACUCACAAUGUGCACACACACACACACACACACACACACACACACACACACACACUAAGGCUCUUGCAUGCUCUCAAUAUUUAAAUUAGGUGUAUUGAAAAGUGUUGACAGAGUGAUUAUGUAACUUUACUGUUUGAGUUGCUCUCUCUCUCCCACAGUGGGAUGCAUUCAGCUUUCCUGAGCUGUGCAAUUUCCUGCGGAUCCUUCAGCGCGAGGAAGAGGAGCACGUCCGGCAGAUAGUCAAGCGUUACACUCUGGCCAGGGAUAGGAUGAAGGAGGCCAUGGCCAGCAUCACCACCCCUGGCUGA